AUGGAGACUUUGGAAAUAUUGUUUCCAAAAGUUAAAAAUGUCAUUUCUCCGGUCAGCGCUGACGGCAAGCCGGCGAUAACAGUAACAAAUCUUGCUGGCAAAUGCACAAGUUUGAGUUACCAGCCACAUCAGACUAUCCAAGAUCUUCAGAAAGAAGUGAUGCGCGCAAUGCAUAUAAUGUGCGAACAGCAAGUGUUAUUGUACAACGGCAUCGAAUUGAAGGUGUGUGCAUAUAUAGUAGUGGAUUUCAUUAGUUUCCAGUUCAGUCAGUGCACAUGGAGGGUAUAAUGGGUGCAUAAUGAGUUUCACUAGAAUCUCAUUAUUUGACGGCAUUUACGACUAACGUUUCGACAAUCUCCAUACACUGGAUGGAUGACAUUGACAUCAUCGGCCAGGUAUCAUUAGUGAGCUCCAUAUAUAUCUCGAGCGAGAACUCGAGCCCAGAAAGUGAAGAAACUUCGUGCCAACCACGCAGACAAAAACAAUAGAAAGGGACUGGAAGUGACGUCCAAUAGCUUUUCAAUUUCCGACAUCUUGGCAAGGAGAAUGCCGAAAUUUCGUAUGUUGACAUCAAUUAACUGUUUACGAACUUCAGAGCUAUUGAACGUCAAUGGCCGCCAUCUUGGCCUCACUUUUCUCAUAGGCCGAAUGACUGAAGUUCUUACUCCAGAUAUAUAUACAGAGCUCAAAAAAACAAUAGAAAGGGAUUGGGUUAACUUACAAUAGCUCUUCAAUUUCCGUCAUCUCUGGCUUCAACUUUUGGACUCGAGUUUUCGCUCCAGAUAUAUGUAUAUGGAGCUUACUGAUCGUACGUCAGACCUAUUCCAACCAGGAUGAUUCAUAUUUUUAUUAUUUUAUAUGCAUGUCCCCGCGCUUCCACUCAACACCUUAGCUUGCCCAAAACGAUUGAAGAUAUUUUAUUUUACAACGAGGACGAUCUAAGUUAGGAAGAUUGAAAUUUGUCGAGGACACUAGUCCGAGGGUAUUCCGGCCAUGUAUUAGCGAGUUAUAGUAGUCAGUAAAUAGAGCAUAACUGCAUCAUUGCAUGAAGAAUUGAACUAGUCAUCGACAUGAAUCUUUGCUAAUUUCAUUUACAGUAGACACAAAUUUUCAGAAAUAUAUCUGCCUAUCAUCAUGAUCAUUUUAAUUACACAAAAUUACUGUGCGUAAUGGCUGGGAAUGUACUUUUUAUAGAAAAACAAGAACCUUCUUGCCAUUCCGUUUCUGUAUAAUUGUCACUACAGAGCAACAUACAGAAACGGAAAUGGCGAGGUAAUUCUUGUAUUUUGAUUUGAUUGUAAUAGCGGGAGUGUCAAUAGUUGAUCUUGGGUGUUGGCGUGUUGCCAAAUGAACUUUUUGUUAAUUGAAAUCACGAGAAAUCACUCGGCAGUCGUGAGGCCCUGGGACCGAGGAUGGAACCUCGAACCCAGAACCCAGGGCUUCUAAAGGCUUCUACGCUUGUGGCUACGAGGUUGGGCAGAUAUGUCGAUAAAAAUUAAACUUUUGCAAAUUUCAUGCGUUACUAUCAAGUUAAUCUAACAAAGUGCAUUCUUUAUCACAAUUGCAAAUUAUAAUAAAAAAACCCAACAAAAAACUAAAUUUUAUCGCCGUAACGGCUACAAAGUACAGAAAAUCAGAACAGAUUAAUAGAAGAUUCUUGUAUUUUGACUGUGAGAAGCCUAGGUAGCUGGUAAUUUUCACCUUUCUUGCGCCUCAUCUCAUUACUUAGUUGCCAGGGCCUUCCAUGUAGCUCUGAAACAUUUCCGUAAUCCAAGAUCUUAGGAUUCGUUUCCUUUUUAUAGACAACAGAUGUCAAAGGCAAGAACAUGACACUUGCAGACCACAAUGUUCAACCCAAUAGCACGAUACGUCUUCUGGUUCGCUUAUAUGAAGUGCCAGAUGAACUCGAUCACGUUAUUUUUCAGCUAUCUUGGGGGUUUCCUAGCACUGGAAAAGAUUAUCUAGAUGCUACAGUUUUCCUUUACAAAGGGGCAAAGUUCGUGGAGGUAGUUGACUAUCAACAUUGUACCAGCAGAUUCGGUUCAAUUACACAUUCGGGUGAUAUACUUAACCUAUUCAGGGGAAUUGGCCAUCACAAGAUCAAUGUAUCAAUUAAAUCACUCCAGCAUGAUAUUGAUACACUUGUGUUUACAUUGAGUUCCUGGAAAUCACCCAAUAUCUCGAAAUUCAAAAAUCCAAGCCUUCGAUUCUUUGAUGAAAAUUUUCCAGAACAACAAUUAUGCAGUGACGAAAUGGAGCAUGCUGCUUUAUCUCAAGCCAUUAUUAUGUGUUGUUUGUCCAAAAGUAAAGAUAGUUGUUGGAAAGUUUAUAGUCUUAAAACCCUCUCAAGCGGUAAUGCAAUGAACUACGAGCCACUGCAGCAAAAAAUUGCGAGCCUUAUACAACAAGGCUUCGUGUGA